AUGCUCCAUCUUGAAGAUUCAAUUAUCCCUAAAGCUCCUAGCAGGUUCGAUGAACUCGUGACGGCGCUCAAAGACGCCCUCGGUUCCUCAGGCUUGGCCUGUGACGAUGUCAACCUCGAGUUGCUAACGGAUCUCAUGAAGAGCUAUGAUAGCAACGAAAAAGAAUGGGAUACCUUUGCACUAGCCGAUCCAAGUAUGGCAUACACACGCAACCUUGUAGACGAGGGCAACGGAAAGAGUAAUUUGUUGGUUCUCGUCUGGACACCCGGCAAGGGAAGCCCCAUCCACAGUCAUAGCAACGCACACUGCUUGAUGAAAAUUCUCAAGGGCAGCCUGACCGAGACACGCUACGACUUUCCCCGAAAUACGAACCGAGAUAACAGGCCAACUACCUCAGAUGGCGGAGAUGAAAGCAUGGAGGUGGCUUUGGAAUCAGUUUACACAGAGAACGAUGUGGCCUAUAUGAGCGAUGACCAGGGUGUGCACAAGAUGUGGAACAACAGCAACGACUUUGCCAUCUCGCUUCAUCUUUACACGCCUCCCAAUAUCGAUAACUGA